GCGGGAUGCGUGUAAUCCUCGCGACUACUACUACCACCGGAGACGAGGAAAAUCCGGCUCGCUGUAGCUCGCAACUGGGCCAACUGGCUGGGGGAGGUGAACAACUGCAUGAACACUGCAUCGGGACGGACGGGCGCGGCGGCGGCGGUGGCCUAGUAGUAGUUGCUAGUGGUUUAAAGUAUACUACUAUCUGGCCUGUCGCCAUCGGCGCAGCGAAAUCGCACCGGCCGAUGAAGCUCCGGGUUGGGCUGGCGACGAGGAGAAGUUGCUGAUAAAUCAACGGUAUCAUUUCGCAAAUCCCGAUUGGUCCCCCGUGCCGGCGUGGCGUGAGAUUUCGUGGUACUACUAAUUGGGGAGGGAGGGAGGAGGGGAGCGUGGUGUGAGUCCUCCUCUUCUCUUCUCAAGUAGUGAGGGAUGCAAUCGGCGAGAAGUCGGUCGCUGGCCAUCAUCAGGUGGGGCUCCGCUACCGUACGCGCCGGAGCCCAGGCCCCGGCAACGCCCAUGCUGCGGAGCUCGUGAUCCUGCGCUCCUGGCCACAGGCUGCGAUUCGGCGGUGGUGCGCCCGCAAUCUUGGCAGGGGCGGCUUCUGGCUUCUGGCUUCUGGUCUGAGGCGGCUAUCAGGAUCCGUCCUUUUUGUCCUUUGGUCCGGACGGAUUGAGUCCGAUGGUUCCUUGAGGACGCGCGCACGGGACAUGCUCGACGAAAUGGCUGUGAGGGGAAUUUGCGCGCUCUGAGUUGUGGGGGGUGGUAGCUGUUCUUGGUCUGGUCAUGGUGGAUUGAGUGCUGUGGUGGGAAUUGGUCCCUCAGCAUGGCCGGUCCGGAGAGGACUGUCGUUUGGUUCAGAAGGGACCUCAGGAUCGACGACAACCCGGCGUUGGCCGCCGCGGCGAGGGACGGCUCUGUGCUCCCUGUCUUCAUAUGGUGUCCUGCUGAUGAAGGACAGUUCUAUCCUGGUCGGUGCUCUCGAUGGUGGCUUAAGCAGUCGCUCCCCCACCUCAGCAAGUCGCUGGAGUCGCUCGGGUGCCCGCUCGUGCUGAUCCGAGCGGAGAGUACCCUCGAGGCUCUUCUGCAGUGCAUCGAUUCUGUCGGUGCCACCAGAUUGGUUUAUAAUCAUCUGUAUGACCCUGUUUCACUUGUGCGUGAUGACAAAAUUAAAAAGGAGCUUUUGGCACUGGGAAUUUCUAUCCAGAGUUUCAAUGGUGACCUGCUAUAUGAGCCAUGGGAAAUUUAUGAUGACAGUGGACAUGCAUUUACAACCUUUAACAUGUACUGGGAGAAGUGCAUGAAAUUACCUGUUGACAUAUCGCCAUCACUUGCGCCUUGGAAAUUGGUGCCAAUCCCAGGUGUGGAGAAUGUCCGUAGUUGUUCUAUUGAUGACCUAGGCCUUGAAUCAAGCAAGGAUGAGGAAUCAAGUAACGCUUUGCUAAGGAGGGCCUGGUCUCCUGGCUGGCGUAAUGCGGAGAAGAUGCUUGAAGAAUUUGUGUGCCACGGUCUCCUAGAAUAUUCAAAACAUGGAAUGAAGGUUGAGGGAGCUACAACAUCGUUGCUAUCACCAUAUCUUCAUUUUGGUGAGGUGAGCGUAAGAAAAGUAUAUCAACUUGUCAGGAUGCAACAAAUCAAGUUGGAAAAUGAUGGUACAUUUGAAGCUGAGGAGAGUGUUCACUUCUUCAUGAGAUCAAUUGGUCUUCGAGAAUAUUCACGGUACUUGUGUUUCAACUUCCCAUUCACACAUGAAAAGUCGUUACUGGGGAACUUGAAACACUACCCCUGGAGGGUAGAUGAGGAAAGGUUCAAGUCCUGGAGACAGGGAAUGACGGGAUACCCAUUGGUAGAUGCUGGCAUGAGGGAACUUUGGGCUACCGGAUGGACUCAUAAUCGGAUAAGAGUUAUCAUUUCAAGUUUUGCUGUGAAAUUUCUACUUAUCCCAUGGACUUGGGGUAUGAAGUAUUUUUGGGAUGUGCUAUUGGACGCUGAUCUGGAAAGUGAUAUUCUUGGUUGGCAGUAUAUAUCUGGGAGCUUGCCUGAUGGCCAUGACCUUGGUCGUCUUGAUAAUCCAGAGGUUCAAGGUCAAAAGUAUGACCCGGAUGGUGUAUAUGUAAGAACUUGGAUACCUGAACUAGCUAGAAUGCCAACAGAAUGGAUUCAUCAUCCAUGGGAUGCACCAAGCUGUAUACUUCAAGUUGCUGGAGUUGAGUUGGGGUUUAAUUAUCCUAAGCCAAUCGUGGAACUUCACAUUGCUCGGGAGUGUUUAGAUGAUGCCAUCUCCACGAUGUGGCAAUUGGAUACAGCUGCAAAACUUGCAGAAUUAGAUGGUGAAGUUGUGGAAGACAACUUGAGCAAUAUCAAGACUUUUGACAUCCCAAAAGUUGUUUUGAAGGAAACAUCUCCACGUGUUUUGCCUGUUGAUCAAAGAGUGCCGUAUGCUAGCAGCAAGGAUCAUAAUUUAAAGUCAAACGAAUUGAAGGCCUCAAGUAAAAGUUCUGUUUGUGUUGAUAUGAUCAGGUCCUCUAAGAUAGAAGCAACAAGCUCUGUAGCAAACUCACCAGUAUCAAGGAAGAGAUCCUGUUGUAACACUGCAUUUCAUGUCCCCUCUUAUUCAUCUUCAGCUGAAGUGCAUUUGCAGAUUCAAGAUCAUGGUGGUUCUUUAGUUGGGCCUUCAAGAUGUAUCCUUCAGGAAACAGAGAGAGACGGUGUUGAUGAGGAAGAAGAUAGCUCUACCGCAGAUAGUGGUUCAAGCAUUCCAAGACCAACAAAGAACCGCAUAGUCGCGCCGCCUGACGAGGAAAGUUGAGGCUGUGCUCAACAAAAGGGUGUGUAGGAGUGGAACAUGUGUGUUGAUAAGGAAAUUUUGUACAUUUUGUAAUCUGUUUAUUAUUGUCUUUCUUAGACUGUUCUGUAACUAGCUGAGAACUGAGCUGACACGGUUUCCUCGCCCAAAAGGGAAUUAAAAAUGCAACAUCUUGCUUUUGUUGCAGCUAGAGGAACUUCUCAUCA